GCUGUGCACGUAGGAUUUGUUCGGCAUGUAUGGCUGAUGUAUCGCAACAUGUGUGAUUGGCAACGCUUCUUGUGAACCCGCAACGUAUUUGAAAGGUGUAAUUUUUAUCGUGCAGGAGGAAGCCCUCCAUAGAUUGACAAUUACGGGUUUAUAUUCCGUCUAACAAUUUAAGCUUUUGAAGUGACAUUUUAUUUUAUUUUUUAAUCUUAGAACCAGAUUGAAGUUUCAUUCUCCAUGCUCCAUUUUGAGAUUCAUACCGCUUUUGGAUAUAAUCUUCCCCAUAUUUUUCCUGUUCCUCUACUCCUCAUGGUUUUUCUUUCAUGUGAUUUGAUAUCAUUCCAAGCUACAAGAUGCAUAGCGUUUUUGUUUACAUGUGGCCUCUCUUUAUGUAACCACUUUGUUUAUAGUUCUCAGUGCAAUUUUUUUCCCCUCAAGGAAGAGAGCAGGAUAUAAAUUUCCAGUCUUCUCCUAUGGAGGCAUCCGCGAAGAACAACGACCUAAUAAUAGAAAGAUCCAGCCCCACCGUGGUCCUCCCAGAAUACGAAACACCCAAGGAUUCCAUUUUCUUAAGCAGCCUUGAAAAAAUGUUUCCCUCGAUGAAGCGAUCCAUUUAUUCUUUCGAGAGGAGUGACGCAAAUGUGGUAGACGUGAUAAAGCAAUCUUUGGCCAAAGUUCUGGUUCAUUAUUAUCCACUUGCAGGGAGAUUAGCUAAAAACUCUCGAGGGAAGUUGUUUGUUGAUUGCCAAAAGAAGUUAGGAGUCCCAUUUGUGGAGGCAAUGACUGAUAGUGAAAUCGAGAGUCUGGGUGAUAGCAGACUUGUCAAUUCUGAUGUUUUAGGCAAGCUCGUUUACAGAGAUCCUAUGGAAGAUAUGCUUGAAGUUGCCCCUCUUCUGACUGCACAGGUGACAAAAUUCAGAUGUGGAGGCUUCAUUUUAGGGGUUGCAAUUAGCCAUCACAUAGCAGAUGGGGUGUCGGCAAUGAAUUUUAUGAACGCAUGGGCUGAAAUUGCAAGAGGCAAGCCGUUAUCCCUGGUCCCUUGUCAUGAUAGAGCCAUCCUAAAACCAAGGGUGCCUCCUCAAAUCACGGGUCCUUACAACGAAUUUGUUCAAAUAAGUGACGUAUCAAACCUCAUGGCAUUAUAUGAGGAACAACAAUUGGUAUACAAAUCCUUCCACUUCGACGCUGAGAAGCUGGCGACCCUAAAAAGAAUGGCCACAAAAGAUGAGCAGGUAACGAGCGCAUGCACCAGCUUUGUAGCACUGGCAGCCUUUGUGUGGCGGGUUCGCAGUAUGGCCCUCAAGAUGAAACUUCACCAACAAUUAAAGCUUCAUUUAAUAGUCAAUUUCAGGUCGAGGCUAACAACCCCAUUGCCCGAGGGGUACUUUGGGAACGCCGUGGUCUCUCCCUGUUGUCUCUGCACCAUGGGAGAGUUGAUCGAGGAGCCAAUCUCUGCUUUUGUGACAAGAAUAAAGAAGGCAAUCGAGAGUGUGACCGACAAUUACGUACAGUCGAGAAUCGACUAUUAUGACAUUAAUCCUUCUGAGCGACUCCCUGUUAGCGCAUUUUCAAUAAGUUCAUGGACAAGGCUCGAGUAUGGCUCCACAAACUUUGGGUGGGGAGAGCCAAGGUUUGGGGCCGGUGAACCACCAAGAGAAAGCUGCUUGUUUAUGAAGGAUGGGAGAGAAAAGGGCAUUGCGGUGGUGUUGGGUUUGCCACUUCCAGCCAUGAAUACCUUCGAGAAACUUGUUUGUGAUCUUAAUGUUGUCUAG